GAUAGAUAGAAAGGGAAAAAAAAAAAAAGAACCUCUUUGAGUUCUCGAUGUCCAGUCACGAAGAGCAACCCCACCAAGAAAAGAGGCAGAGGAAGGAAGAGGCGUCUCCGAUAUCAUGUUUGUCAGAUGAUCUGGUUCUGAACUGUCUGGCUAGAGUCUGGAGAUCAGACCACGAGGCCUUAUCUCUGGUCUCCAAAAGUUAUCGCUCUCUAGUGGCAUCUCCUGAUCUUUACAAGAUCCGAUCGCUGAUUGGUCGCACUGAAACAUACGUCUACGUAUGCUUACGAAUCCCUACUUCUGUUCCAAGCUUACGCUGGUAUAUCCUCCGUCGUAGAAAAACCCUAGACGCCUCUGAUCUAGUUCCGAUCCCUUCGCUCCCCUCCCAGCCUGUGGAAGCAUCUUCUGUUGUGGUGCUGGACUCGAGCAUCUAUGUAAUCGGUGGGUUGAUAGACGGGGAGAAGCGCACUUCCGACGUCUGGAGCUUGGAUUGUCGGACUCACGUGUGGCACCCUGUCCCUUCCAUGGAAGCGGCUCGAGCUUACGGGGCUGCUGGUGUGGUAGACGGGAAGAUUUACGUGUUUGGAGGCUGCGAUGUUCAUGAUGACUGUGGAGAGGUAUUCGAUCCAAACACUCAAACUUGGGAUAAUUUGCCACCGAUGCCGAAACGGAAGGGAGGUAAUAAGCAUAUCCACAGCAGUAUGGUGAGGGAUCAAAAGGUUUAUGCGUUGGACGAAAAGGAGAGAACGUUUUACUACUCGCCGAGGGAAGGUAAAUGGGGAACAGGGAAUCGCGGACAACUGGUAGGAUACCGAAGGGAUUGGUGUAUGGUUGAUAACUUGCUCUUUUGUCUUAGCAAAAACGGAGUUAUAUUUUGGUGUGAGCCGGAUGAGUUGGAUUUGCAUGGAACAGAGAGGGUGAUGAAUACAGAGGAGAUUCUUGAUCGGUGGGAGCAAAAGAGGAUCAUGCAUGAUAUGGCCCCGUUAAAGAUGAGCAAGUAUGGUCGAAUCUACACGUUUGAAGGUUUACAUCCAGGGGGCCAGAAUGUGCAGCUCCGGUGGGAACAUUGUGCUUUUCUGGGACCGCCCCAAGUCGGGAUAUCUUCAUAUUUGGUCUGCGGAGAUUUCCUUGGAGAGACUCCAAGGAGGCGAGAUUUGGGGCAACAUUGAGUGGUCUAACAUUGUCAUGCCCGCUGAUGAAUCUUUUCAAGAACCCAAGAAGGUUUUGCAUUCUGUUUCUGUCACUCUCUAAACUUGCCUCUUUCAUUUUUCUAAACUACUCAAAAUCUUGUUUUUCUAUCUCAUCUUAUUAAUUUUGUUUGAGCUCCUCUUCUGUUUUUCCAAAUUAAUUUUCCGUUUAUUAUAGUGUAACCUUCUCUUUGCUGCCUAUAGAGACGAAGGUACAGCCUGCUGUUUUUUUGUUCUUCUUCUUGGCAUCUCCAGACACAGACUGAAUUGUUCUGGCUAGCUGCUUGGAAUGUGAGUACUGUGAGUUUUAAUUCCUCUUUUUAUUUCACUAAAUAUAAAACAUACAUAAUAAACAAAUGUAACCAACCAUUUUAACAAAAUGUUAAUUCCAAAUUUUUUAAAUUUAAAUUCUAAUUAUUAUAAAUAUCUUUAAAAUUUUAAAUUAGUAUAUUUUGAUUUAUAAAAAAUAAAAAUUCUACAAAUUUUUAAUUAUAUUUUAAACAUAAUAAAAAUUUAAAUUUAUGAAGUAUUGAAAAUACAUUCUACAAAGACUUUUAAAAGAUUUUUUUAGAAAAAAAAUAACAUUUCUGUUUCAAAUAUAAAAGUAAAAUAUCUAUCUUAUCUAUUAAAAUAGAAGUCGUGAAUUUUUUCAUGUGUGAAUUUUGAAAUGGACCCUCUCUUAAAAAAAAUAUUCACAUUAUAUUUUAUGUAGUUGCAGCACCAAAUCUUAACAAUAUAUUAAUUCCUCUUUUUUAUUUCACUAAACAUAAAACAUACAUAAUAAACAAAUGUAACCAACCAUUUUAACAAAAUGUUAAUUCCGAAAAUUUUUUAAUUUAAAUUCUAAUUAUUAUAAAUAUCAUUAAAAUUUUAAAUUAAUAUACUUUGAUUUAAAAAAAUUCAACAAUUUUUAUUUAUAUUUUAAUCCUAAUAAAAAUUUAAAUUUCUUAAGUAUUGAAAAUACAUUCUACAAAGACUUUGAAAAGAUCUUCCAUUUAGGUCAUUUUUUUCAAUUGAAAAUUUACAAAGGAAGACUUCUAUAGAAGUCUACUCUAGAACAAACUUCUUUGGAAGUCUUCAUUUGUAAAUAUUGACUUACUUUUGUUUUUGAAAAAAAUCUCGAAAAAUAUCAAAAAUAUUAGAGAAGAUUUCCCGGUAAGUUUUCUAGGAUAAACGUGUUAGAUUUUCAAUUGACCGAAUUGUGUCAAAAUUUUAACUUUUUAGAAGACUUACAUGGAAGCCUCCCACUAGAAAAAAUAAAACUUAAAUAUUUAAUCUUAACUAGACUACUUCCAUGUAAAUCGUCUGAGGUUACUUUUGCAAUUGAAAAAUAAAACUUAAAUAUUUAAUCUUAACUAGACUACUUCCAUGUACAUGGAACUCUUCUGUGAUAACUAAAAGUUU